AAAAACUCUCUCUCGCUCUGUUUCUCUCUCUCUCAAUGGCUGACCUUCUUCUCUCUUUCUCUCUCCUCCUCUCUCUCCUCCUCUCCACCACCACAACAACCACCGCGGAUGAUGCAGGCACCAUGCUAAAACUAGCCUCUGCCCUAACCCCGACACCAAAAGGCUGGUCAACAACAAACACCAAUGGCUACUGCAAAUGGAAUGGUGUUAAAUGUGACAACUCCAACAAUGUGAUUUCCAUUAACUUAGCUUCUCAAGGUCUCUCAGGGACUCUCCCAUCUGAGCUUUCAACGCUUUCUCAACUUCAAAGUUUGUCUCUUCAAGAAAACAAGCUGAUCGGUCCUUUGCCUUCUCUUGCAAAUUUAGCUUCUUUGAGAGAAGUUUAUAUUGGUACUAAUAAUUUCACCAGUAUCCCUAUAGAUUUCUUUAAAGGGUUAACUAGUUUGCAAACUUUGAGCAUGGAUGCGAAUAUAAAUUUGGAACCUUGGGCUAUUUCUACUGAUCUUAUUGAGUCUUCUAGUUUAAAUACUUUUGAGGCUAGUCACGCUAACAUCUUUGGUACUAUACCUGAUAUGUUUGCUUCUUUUCCUAGUCUGCAAAAUCUUAGAUUGUCCUAUAAUAACUUAACUGGAGGGUUGCCUCCAUCUUUUGCUAAUUCUGGGAUCCAGAAUUUGUGGCUUAAUAAUCAGGAAAUGGGAUUGUCUGGUACUAUUGAGGUGUUGCCUUCAAUGGAGCAAUUGAGCCAAGUUUGGCUUCAGAAGAAUCAGUUUACUGGGCCAAUUCCAGAUUUUUCAAAGAGCAAGAGUUUGUUUGAUUUGCAGUUGAGGGAUAAUCAGUUUACUGGGAUCUUUCCGGUUUCUUUGUCUUCCCAAGCUGGUUUGUUGAAUAUUUCUUUUCAUAAUAAUAAAUUACAAGGUCCUGUGCCUCAGUUUGGAAAAGGUGUUGAAGUCGAUAAUAGUGGUCUUAAUAAUUUUUGUGUGGAUACUGCUGGUGUUGCUUGUGAUUCACAAGUGACCACUUUGCUCGAGAUUGCUGGUGGUUUUGGUUAUCCUGUGAUGCUGUCUGAUUCGUGGAAAGGGAAUGAUGCUUGCAGUGGUUGGCCUUUUGUUACCUGUGAUUCACAAAAAAAGACUGUCAUUACAGUGAGUUUGGGGAAGCAGCAUUUUGGAGGGAUAAUCUCUCCUGCGUUUGCUAAUCUCACUGCUUUGACAACUUUGAAAUUGAAUGAUAAUAAUUUAUCAGGUCCCAUUCCCGAUAGCUUGAUGAAGUUGUCUCAACUUUCGCUUCUUGAUGUCUCCAAUAACAAUCUCACUGGGAAGAUCCCAGCUUUCGCAUCUUCAGUGAAGCUAACCAUUACACCAGGUAAUCCUUUGCUUGGGAGUGGUGGGGGUUCUGGAAGUGGAGGGACAUCAUCAUCUGGUUCAGAUUCAAAUACAACUACACCUGGAGGUGUUCCUAAUGGAAGAGGAAAUGGUGGUAAGAAGGUGAGUCCAGGUGUGAUUGCUGGUGUUGUUGGUAUUGUGAUUGUUGGUGCUAUUGGCAUCUUCGUGUUGUUCAAGGUUAAUCGCAAGAAAAAGAGAGGGAAGUCUGGGAGAGUGAAUGAUCAAGAGAAUGGGAAUGGAAUCAAUGCAUUGGUUAAGAAUGGUUCAUCGUGUUGCACGAAUGGGUACGGGGUUCUCAGUGAAAUACGAAGUCAAAGUAGUGGCAACCAUAGUGGCCGGCACUUUUUUGAGGGUGGGAACAUUGUGAUUUCAAUCGAGGUACUUAGACAAGUAACUGAUAAUUUCAGCGAGAAUAACAUUCUGGGUAAGGGAGGUUUUGGUGUGGUUUAUAAGGGCGAAUUGCAUGAUGGGACUAAGAUUGCUGUGAAGCGGAUGGAAUCUGGGGCAAUGGGGACAAAAGGAAUGAAUGAGUUCCAGGCAGAGAUUGCAGUGCUUACCAAAGUGAGGCACAGGCAUUUAGUUGCUCUUUUGGGUUACUGUAUAAAUGGAAAUGAGAGGCUCUUGGUGUAUGAGUACAUGCCACAGGGGACUCUCGCGCAACAUUUGUUUGAAUGGCAAGAACUUGGUUACCCUCCUCUUACUUGGAAACAGAGGGUUACAAUUGCACUGGAUGUGGCUCGAGGAGUGGAAUACCUGCACAGCUUAGCUCAGCAGAGUUUCAUUCAUAGAGAUUUGAAGCCGUCAAACAUACUUCUUGGAGAUGACAUGAGAGCUAAGGUUGCUGAUUUUGGUUUGGUUAAAAAUGCGCCUGAUGGGAAGUAUUCUAUGGAGACAAGGCUGGCAGGAACCUUUGGCUAUCUUGCACCCGAAUAUGCUGCUACUGGAAGGGUUACAACAAAAGUGGAUGUAUAUGCUUUUGGAGUGAUUUUGAUGGAGAUUAUGACGGGGAGAAAAGCUCUAGAUGAUACAGUGCCGGAUGAAAGGGCUCACUUGGUCACAUGGUUCCGCCGUGUCCUAGUCAACAAGGACAACCUUCCAAAGGCAAUCGACCAAACUCUGAAUCCUGACGAGGAGACCUUUGUGAGCAUUUUCAAAGUGGCCGAGCUAGCAGGGCAUUGCACAGCUCGUGAGCCACACCAAAGACCAGAUAUGGGCCAUGCUGUCAACGUCUUAGGACCUCUAGUAGAACAAUGGAAACCUACCAACCAUGAAGAGGAAGGCAAUUCUGGCAUUGAUCUCCACAUGAGCCUUCCUCAGUUUCUCCAAAGAUGGCAAGCUGAUGAAGGUACUUCGACAAUGUUUAACAUGUCUUACUCCCAAUCCCAAUCAAGUAUUCCAGGAGGAUUUUCAGACUCAUUUACUUCAACCGAUUGUCGGUGACCAGAAAGAAACAAUCUGUAUAUUUCUUAAGACGAGACAGGUAUCAUACAGUUAAAGAUGAAUGGGGGAAUGAGAUAGGCUAACAAGCUAUUCAACCCCGCAAGCCGCAAUGCAAAAUCUCAGUUGAUACCACCACUGUUUUGCUACAUUGAUCGAUUCAUUUUUUGUUUUUCCUUGAAUGAUCUUAUUCGUUACAGAGCCAAACUAGUAGCCAUGUCGUUUUUGAUCAAUUCCUUGUAACUAACCAAUUGAUUUGGUUAUCCAGACAAUGGGGGAUGUUGUAAUAUAUUUCUUCACUCGGUUUUCAUCAUCUUACUACUUCAUUACAUUUACAU